AUGGCAUCUUCGAGCCUCCUGGUCGCGAGAGCAGCGGUGUCAGCCAUCCCAUCGAAGCUCGCACCACUCAAAUCCAUCGCCGCUUCCCGUCCAGCAGUAUCAGCCAUCCUUCCCAACGCGUUCCUCGGAAGAUUCGCCGACGCCUCUCCCGCCAACCCCCUCCUGAAGCAAACCGCGGCGGCGCCAUGCCAAACAGGCGCACCGGCGUGUCCGAGUCGGCUGCGGAUCGGCGGCACGCAGCUGUCGGGGCGACGCGCGAUGGCGAACAUGGCGUGGGGAGGCGCGUUGGCGGCCGUGCGGCUCAUUGUGCAAGGGAAGCACAUGGAGCUGACGGACUCGAUCCGCGCGUACGUGGAGGAGAAGGUGGGGCACGCGGUGAACAACCACAGCGCGCUGUGCCGCGAGGUCGACGUGCGCCUCUCCGUGCGCGGCGGCGACUCCAACACCAAGGGGCCGCGCCAGCAGCGCUGCGAGGUUACCAUCUUCACGAAGAAGCACGGCGUGCUGCGGGCGGAGGAAGAGGCGGAGUCCGCGUACGCGGCGAUCGACAAGGUGUCGGACGUGGUUUCGCGGAAGCUGCGCAAGAUUAAGGAGAAGGACGGCGGGCAAGGUCGCUCGUGGCAGAUGCGGAACGCGCAGAAGCUGGGCGAGAUGCUUCCGGAGACGCCCGUUGACAUCACCCCCAUCCUGAACCGCCAGACUAGCGACCUGCCCGACGAGGUGGUGCGCACCAAGUACUUCGAGAUGGCGCCCAUGAGCACGUACGAGGCGCUGGAGCAGCUCGUGAACGUGGACCAUGACUUCUAUGCCUUCCGCAACGGCGACUCGGGUGAGAUCAACAUCCUGUACAAGAGGAAGCACGGUGGCUAUGGUGUCAUCAUUCCACGGACAGAGGAGCCUGCUACCAAGUCCUCACGCGUAGUGAAGCUGGCAUGGUUGUGUAGUACUUUGUGCCGUUUCGAAUGCCCUCUCGCCGCCUUCCUAUCUCAUCUCGCUCGCCCUCCCGUUCCGAUCGACCGUCCUGACGCCGUCCCAUCGACCAUCCUGACGCCGUCCCAUCGACCGUCGCGUCGCGAUCAUGUCGUCCGUCCCGUCGACGUCCCGUCGCCCUCCUACCGUCAUCUCCAUUACCCCUCUCCUCCAAUCACCCUCGCGAUUUUCCCGUCGCAAAUCUCUCUCUCGCCGCUCCCUUUCCUGAACCAAUCGCCUUCUCCUCUCCCUUCUCGUCGCUCUCUCUCUCGCCGCUCCCUUUCCGUUGCAAUCGCCUUCUCCCAUCCCUUCCCGUCGCUCUAUCUCUCUCCCCUCCCUUCCCGUCGCUCUAUCUCUCUCCCCUCCCUUCCCGUCGCUCUAUCUCUCUCCCCUCCCAUCCCGUUGCUCUUGCUCUCUCCCCUCCCUUCCCGGCGCUCUCUCUCUCGCUGCUCCCUGCGCGUCGCUCUCUCUCUCUCUCUCGCCGCUCCCUUUCCUCAACAAAUCGCCUUCUCCUCUCCCUUCCCGUCGCUCUCUCUCUCUCGCCGCUCCCUUUCCGUUGCAAUCGCCUUCUCCCAUCCCUUUCCGUCGCUCUAUCUCUCUCCCCUCCCAUCCCGUCGCUCUAUCUCUCUCCCCUCCCAUCCCAUCGCUCUAUCUCUCUCCCCUCCCUUCCCGUCGCUCUAUCUCUCUCCCCUCCCUUCCCGUCGCUCUAUCUCUCUCCCCUCCCUUUCCGUCGCUAUAUCUCUCUACCCUCCCAUCCCGUCGUUCCUCCGCUCUACCCUCCCAUCCCGUCUUUCUUCCUCUCUCCCCUCCCAUCCCGUCGUUCCUCCUCUCUUCCUUCCUAUCCCGUCGUUUUUCCCUUCUCCCCUCCCAUCCCGUCGUUCCCCCUCUCUCCCCUCCUCUCCCUGUCCUCAACGUCGACCAUCACCCAUGGCGGAGCUCACUUGCCUCUCCCAGUCGUCCCCUCUCGCUCUCCGCCUUCGCACCGCCGCCACCCCCUCCUCGCACUCUCCUCUGCGACGAGCCACGCCAAAGCCAUUCGUCGCGGCCUCGGCGAACAAUCAUGAUGAUGUACCGCCUGCCACUUCAGCGUCCGCCAUUCCCGCCGUGACGCACGUUACACCCGUCACGCGUCGCGUGGUCGUAGCGCUCCCGGCCAUGGCAGCUCUCGCCGCCUCCCUCGCCGCCGGCCCAGCGAAUGCACUCGUUCCCACCACCGCCGUCGCUGGCCGCGUUCCGGGGCUCUCCGAACCCGACGAAAACGGCUGGCGCACGUACAAGCGGCCGGCGAGCAAGUCCGGCGGGCACGGCGUGGGGUGGAGCGAGCUCAUUCCGUACACCUUCACCGUGCCGGAGACCUGGGAGGAGACGCCCGUGUCAAUCGCGGAUCUGGGCGGCACGGAGAUCGACCUGCGAUUCGCGAGCAAGCAGCAGGGCAAGCUGUUCAUCGUCGUCGCACCCGUGCUGCGAUUCGCCGACGGGCUGGGCGACGACGUGCGAAUCGAGAGCGUGGGCGACGCGGAGCGCGUGAUCACCGCGUUCGGCCCGGAAAUCACGGGCGAGAACGUGGAGGGGCGCGUGAACGACACGAAGGUGGUGUCUAAGGGCGGGCGGACGUACUACGAGUAUGACGUGGACCCGCAUAUCCUCGUGUCCGCCACUGCUGCCGGCAACCGCAUGUAUAUCAUGGGCAUCGCUGCGUCUGGUCGGCAAUGGAAGAAAUACUCGAGUGACAUCAAGCAGAUCCUCUCCUCCUUCCGCGUUGGAUAG